AUGGUGCACCAAACGCCAACCCCGCACGCCAAGGUGGCCGGCCCCACCGACCUCUACGUCCAGCUGGACAGCAACAUCAACCUGAGCUGCGAGCUGCGCGUGCUGGCCGAUCCGCCGAUCACGCUCACCUGGCUGCGGGACGCGGCGCCGAUCGACCUCGGCUCGCCGCGCGCCGGCAUCAGCAUCCAGACCGAGCGCACCAACCAGGGCAGCAGCAGCUUCCUGGUGAUCUCGCGCGCCCGCCAGCGCGACUCGGGCAACUACACGUGCCGCCCGAGCGAGGGCCGCUCGGCCGCCGUCCGGGUUCACGUCAUCGAUGAUGAGCACCCGGCCGCGAUGCAGACCGCUGCCGGGGACCGACUGCGGCCAGACGCGCUGCUGCUGACGCUGCUCAUCCUCCGACUGGUCACCCGGUGACCUGGCACCUGACCUCUGACCCCGGGUCACGCCGCUGCUGCUGACGCUGCUCAUCCUCCGGCUCUCCGGCUGGUCGCCCGCUGACCUGGCACUUGACCCCUGACCCCGGGUCACGUCGUCAGCGCCGGCUCCAGGCGGUGGACAGCCUAGGUGUUUGUGGAGCGUUCGCGGCGCCGGAAGCCGCUGUCUGAGAGCUCCGCUUGCGAGCUGUCGCCCAGCGCCCAGCGCCCAGCGCUGUGAACGGAGCGCCGAUGGCCGCCCAGUGAACACAGCCCCACCGGAACGGUCGCUGUCUUCGACCAACCGCAGUCCGGGUCAGGACUGGCCGUAGCCACCGGACGCGCGCCGGCUGUUGGUGACCAACACACUCGCUAGUCGCGCAGAGUGGGCCCGGUCGCCGGCGUCAACACGGCGUGUGUGUUGAUGCUUGCCGGCGUCGAUCCGUCACAUUCUGGGCCAUCGUGGAGCUGGCAGAUGCCGUUUAGUGAUGGAUGCGCACGUUGGAGAACUAUUAUUCAGCAGAUGCAUCGUUCAUCAUGAUGACGGUGGAUGAAAUACGGACGGUUUGGGGAAGUGUGGAUGUAAUGGCCGACGUCGAAGCAUGCCACCUUGUUACAGCGCAGUGACACAAUGUAAAUUUUGUCAUCGGUUUGUUGCAAUGCCUAGAUGCGUUUAUAUUGUGGCCACCUGUGUGUGAUGUAGUAUAGAAAUCCGCUACACAUUGCCACAGGUUUUCGUGAAAGCAUUUUGCAAAUAUAUAUCAUAGCUAGUUGACUUUUGCAGUAGGCCAUUCCGUUCCAUUGUGUCAGUGGCGAAGUCCCAACGGCCCCAGGAAGCCCAACGACUCAUUUUCUGGGCUUCAUUCCGCGAACCCCAUUGCUAUUGUUGACUUCCCCAGCGCGCGUCUGGGCGUAGAUGAAGCGGUGCGUCGGAUGCCGCGUGUUUUGCACCAGCCUGCGGGGCAGUGCGGCUCGAGGGCCUGGUGUUCGUCAUCGGGGGCCCAUGUAUCCAUAAGUAAUUCAUGUGUCUGUUCCCACGGGUGAGGCCAGUGCUAGGGCCAAUGGUGUUUCGUAAAUGGUGUUGGCCUCCUUGGUGGCAGCGUAAGGCGGCCUCCAUCCGAUAAAAUCGAAAAUGAUGAGAGUUAAAUUUGGGUUUGUUGUCACCAUGUGCCCGUCCGCCAUGUUGUCCGUGCUCCCCCGCGUCGGCACACGUCACGCGCGUGCAAAGCGUCGACAUGUUUCUCUGCAAAGAAAGCGCAACUAGGGAUGGAAAGUUACGGAAUGCAUCGGUAGGCUGGGAAUAAAUGUUUUACGAACGUCA